AUGCAUUUUCUUUCCCAAGAUAACUUUAAAUGUAACUCUGAGUCCCCACUGUCUUUGUGCCAUCAUCCAGUAACUGCUGGUGCUUUCACAGCUCACAGACACAUGAAGAUCUUCAACAUCCCCAGCAACUCCAGCACCAUCUCUGGCUUCCUCCUUCUGGGCUUCCCUUGUCCCAGGGAGGGGCAGAUCCUCCUCUUUGUGCUCUUCUCUGCUGUCUACCUCCUGACCCUCAUGGGCAAUGGUUCCAUCAUCUGUGCUGUGCGCUGGGAUCAGAGACUCCACACCCCCAUGUACAUCCUCCUAGCCAACUUCUCCUUCCUGGAGAUCUGGUAUGUCACCUCCACGGUCCCCAACAUGCUGGCCAACUUCCUCUCUGACACCAAGGUCAUCUCCUUCUCUGGCUGCUUUCUCCAGUUCUAUUUCUUCUUCUCCUUGGGUUCUACAGAAUGCUUUUUCCUGGCGGUUAUGGCGUUUGAUCGAUACCUUGCCAUCUGCUGGCCUCUACACUAUCUGAGCAUUAUGACCGGACGUCUCUGCACCAAUCUUGUGAUCAAUUGCUGGGUAUUUGGUUUCCUCUGGUUCUUAAUCCCCAUCAUCAUCAUCUCCCAAAUGACCUUCUGUGGAUCCAGGAUUAUUGACCACUUCCUGUGUGACCCAGGUCCUCUCCUAGCACUCACUUGCAAAAAAUCUCGUGUGAUAGAGCUUGUCUUCUCCACCUUAAGUCCUCUGCCUCUCAUUAUUCCCUUUCUCUUUAUCAUGGGGUCCUAUGCUCUGGUCCUGAAAGCUGUGUUGAAGGUCCCUUCAGCCUCUGGGAGAAGAAAGGCUUUCUCCACCUGUGGGUCUCAUCUAGCUGUGGUGUCUCUGUUCUAUGGCUCAGUACUGGUCAUGUAUGGGAGCCCAACAUCUGAGCAUGAAGUUGGAAUGCAGAAGAUUGUCACUCUGUUUUAUUCUGUUGUGACCCCACUCCUAAACCCUGUGAUAUAUAGUCUUAGGAACAAAGAUAUGAAAAAAGCCAUGCAGAAAUUUCUGGGAAUAUAA